CCUCUCUGAACAAAGACAGGAGAGAAACCCAAGGAAUCCCUGCCAGUUCUGUUGAGCACACAGUGGCCUGAGCAGGAAGCCAAGGGUCGGUCUGGGGUUCUAGCAGCCGGCCCUGUCCUUCUAGCCGGCGUCGGAGAAGAUGCCAGAACAGAGCAAUGACUAUCGUGUGGUCGUGUUCGGCGCAGGCGGCGUGGGCAAGAGCUCGCUGGUGCUCCGCUUUGUGAAGGGGACGUUUCGUGACACCUACAUCCCCACCAUAGAGGACACGUACCGGCAGGUGAUCAGCUGUGACAAGAGCGUGUGUACACUGCAGAUCACAGACACCACCGGCAGCCACCAGUUCCCGGCCAUGCAGCGACUGUCCAUCUCCAAGGGCCACGCCUUCAUCCUGGUGUUCUCGGUGACCAGCAAACAGUCGCUGGACGAGCUGAGCCCCAUCUACAAGCUCAUCGUGCAGAUCAAAGGCAGCGUGGAGGACAUCCCCAUCAUGCUGGUAGGGAACAAGUGCGACGAGACGCAGAGGGAAGUGCACACCCGCGAGGCGCAGGCCGUCGCGCAGGAGUGGAAGUGCGCCUUCAUGGAGACCUCGGCAAAGAUGAACUACAACGUGAAGGAGCUGUUCCAGGAGCUGCUGACGUUGGAGACGCGCCGCAGCGUCAGCCUCAGCGUGGAUGGCAAACGCUCCAGCAAGCAGAAGAGGGCUGACCGGAUCAAGGGCAAGUGUGCGCUCAUGUGAGCCCUCCAGAGCCAGCCUGGGCCUCCCGGGCUCCGGCUCCCCUCCCUCCUCCCUCCUCCCAACUAC